GGAGAUGCCAGACAUUGCCCUUAACAUUGCUGGAAGUGUCGCGCGGGAAACAAAAGGGAGUGUGGAGUCAACAGACACGCGCUCCAUCCCAACCCAUCAAGCCAUGAGAGAGAGAAAGAGAGAGAGAGAGAGAGGCAGAAAGAGAUAAAUCGGCUGCACAGGGACGCAGGCAGAAAUAUUCACCGUCGGGUUGAGCGACGCUCCCCGAAAAAGAAAAAACAACUCCACGCCAGGAGCUGAACUCCAACCCGGGAGGAUAACAAAAUUAAUGCACAUUAUUAGAUCAUAGCAAUAUUGAUUGCCUAUAUCGUAUACAACGCCUCCGAGCGGGGGUUUUGUUUUUUGUAAUCGGAGGAGAGAGAGAGAUACAUAUCUUAUUGGAGGGGAACGAGUCUGACCACUGAGAUGUCGGAAGCUUUGUCACAGGAAGAGAGACUCCGGGCCAUUGCUGAGAAGAGAAAGAGAGAUGCUGAGAUUGAAAACAAAAGAAGACAACUGGAGGAUGACCGCAGACAACUCCAGCAUCUUAAGUCAAAGGCACUGAGAGAGCGAUGGCUUUUGGACGGAGCGCCAUCCAGUGGAGAGGAUGAGGCACAGAAACAAUUAAAUGAGGAUGAAGUCAAAGCCAAACUACUGGAAAAGACCAUCCUCAGAUUAGAGCAGGAGAUUGAUGAACUUGAGAGUGGUGAGCCUGUGAAUAAAGGAGAUAAACAGGGCAAUGAAAAUGCACCUGAUGGUCAAGUAAAGGUUGAGAAUGGCCUACAGCAGCCCAGCCCCAAAGCCGACCAAAACACCAAGAAACAGAUCACAGGCAUAGAGGCCAAGCUGCAGUGCACCAACCCUGAUGUAGCCAUAGAGAAUGCCAGCGCAGAGAACCCAGUCACCAUGGUGUUUAUGGGCUACAAGAAUGUAGAGGAUGAAGCAGAAACCAAGAAAGCUCUGGGCAUUGAGGAAACAGUGAAAGCUGAAUUUGUGGUCAUCGAGGAUGGGGAGAGCAAAGGAGGAAAUGAGGGGGCUAAGGGGGACCAGGCUCCCCCCAACGGCAGCACCUCCAGUCCUGACAAAGCUCAGGGUGAGGCUAAGAAAGAUGAAUCAAAAGAAGAAGGCAAUUCAAAAGAAAAGCAGCCAUGCAAGUGCUGCACAGUCAUGUGAGUCCGGCCGCUCAUUCUGAAGUUCAAACUCUCACGGAAAACAUAACGCAACAAUGAAUAAGUAUACACUGUAUACUUACGAUUAACUUUUGUUGUCUAGUAUGUAUUUCUUUUUUUAUUUCUAUUAAUAUUUUUCUAUAUUUCUGUCUUGACAUUUAUAUAUCUAUAUAUACAUAUAUUUUCAUUAUGUAAUGUUAUGAAGUCCAGUAUUUUGCUUGUUGAAGAGAAAAAUGAGGACCACAACCGACUCCACUUUAAGCAAUGACGUGGUUAAAAGAACAUUUUGUGGCCCUCAACCUUAUUUUAUUUUAAGAUAAACAUCUCAAUAUAUGAACAUUUAGCUAUUUAUCACCCGUAUGCAUUUGUGUUUUUAAAAGAUUACUUUAUUACUCAAAGAAAAUGACUAUAUUGAUAUUAUUAUGUUAUAAUGCCUUUUAAUAUAUAUUUUGAGCCUUUAAUUCUAUUUUUUUUUUCCAAAUAAUUUGAGACCACUGUGAACACUGGUACAUAGAGUGUAGUCUUUGUCCACAAUCGUACAUUAUGCAUUACACCUCAUCAUAGGCCAAUAUAUUUGUAAAUAUGAUUCAAUUAUUUAUGAAUGUUCAUGCUAUAAUAGAAUACAUUUAAUCAUGUUGUUUAAAAAAGCUGGCUAUAUCUACCCCAGAUCCCUACUUUAAACCACAGCAACUAUGUGCUUUAACAGUAAACCACUUUUUAUAGGCCAAACACUAAUAAUAACUAUAAAGCUAUCUCCUUUAUAUGGAAUAUCAUUUAGUUAUACUGUAAUUGUAACAAUAAUACUUUUUUAAGUGUAGGUCCUUUUGUCUUUCAAGGCAUUCGUGUAAUAGCCCACACUGUUAAAAUGCAUUUUUACAGUAUAUUAGACUUUGCAAAAUACAUUUUUCUAAUAUUUUAAGAAAAAAGAAAAACUAAUUGAGGAUUUAAGCAUUUUAAUGUUUGUAUUAACAGCUGGUUGCUGUAAAUUGGUUGCCCCUUUCAAAUAACAAGUGUUCAAAUGUUUAGGUCAAAUCACUUAUUGGCGUGAUUAAAAAAUCUGAUCUGGGGUCUAAAACAUGUUUCUCAUUCCAAGACAAACAGCUUUGUAAAUGUAGUAUUGCUGUCUUUCUGAUAUUUCAAUUUAACAAAUAUUUUAUUUGUGUAUGACAGUAUGUGUUGUGGAUAUCAAAUAAUGUCAUGAGUUUUUGGUGCUUUAUUGGUAUGCCCAAUGCCUGUUAUGGUCCAAGUGUUCAAAUCAGGAACAAUGACAAUAAACAAAAAUGUUUGUUUACAA